UCUCCCAUCAGAAGACCCCCCCCCCACCCCCAUGGAGGCGGCUGCUAAGUUCCUGAACCACAUCGGGCCGGAGGAGCUGGAGAGCUGCCUGUUUGAAGAGACGCUGGCGCUGGUGGCAGCAGGGGGACGGCCGCAGGGACACCUCUGGGUGACAGCCCGACACGCACCCUACGAGCAGGAGGGCCAGCAGGUGAGGAGCUGCCUCCUGCUGCAGGCCGGCUCCAAGGGGCUGCUGGAUGGCGUGCCGUAUUCCUGCAGGCUCACGGGGUAUGUGUCUAUGCAGCUGGAGACGCUGGAGCAGGAGCAGCACGAGCGCUUGGAGUUUGGAGCACACCCCACGGAGAGGAAGAUCCACAUGGUGCAGCACCCACAUGGGAUGACGGUCACCGUCACCACCCGGGAGGGAGAGGCAGAGCCACAGCACCAGGUGUUCUCCUACGGCUGGGCCUCGCUGGAGGGGCUGCUGGGGGAGGCUGCCAGCCUGCUGCUGUUGCGGGUGCUGGCGUGCCGCCGUGCCGUGCCCCCCAGCAUCACCUUCCCAGCCAUCGAUAAGGAGGGCCACCUCUGCACCACCACCUACCGCUCUUUGGGUGUGCAGCAGCAGCCGGUGGGCUCGACACAGGUGGAGGUGUUGGUGGUGGAGAGAGCCCUGCAUGCUGCCCAGGGCAUUCCAAUGGUGUGGUACCACAGCCUCCUUCCCAGCGGGCAUUUGGCUCGCCGGGUGCAGGUGGGGUGCCCGGUGGUCGCGGUGCUGCAGGAUGCACCCGCUCUCAGCAGCACGGGUGCAGAGCCCCAGCCUCUCUUCCCAAAGCAGCUGCUGGACUGGGAGGAGGACGCCCAGCUGUGCUCCUGGUUCCUGGACAGGAAGGAGGAGCUGCGAGCAUCCCACAGCACCUACGUCCAGCAGCAUCCCGAGCUCUUUGCACUGCUGGCUGACUUCCUGCAGGCCCUGCUGCUCCGCCAGCCCCAAAACCCCAUCCUCUUUGCUGCUGAAUUCUUUGCCCCCUUUGCACGCCGCCAGCCCCCCGGGCCCAGCUUUGCCUCCUCCGUAUCCCUCAGCCCCUUCUGCAGCACCUCCUGUCCCAACCCCCCCCCUCAGGGGGAUUAAAGGUGUCAGCAGUG